AUGGGCGUUUUGGCUACACCGGCCUAUGUAGCGUAUACAAUUUGGGUUGGUUUUACAAUCCUUAUCUGGUUGAUAUACGCUUUUUUUCUCGCCUCUCCGUGGGCAACAAUUAUGUAUUUUCCCGAUGCCUACUCUUGGGACUAUGAUUACACCUUGAAACUCUCCUAUUAUGUGCAAAAAUGUGAAAUGGUUAUCGAAUUGAGCACUAUUCUCAUAUCCGCCGUCUUAUAUAUCUUCGUCGUCAUUGCGCUCUAUAGAACUGUGAAUUUUUUACAAACAAAGCAGAAAACUCGAAAACGCUUUGUAGCAGCAGCGAAUUAUUCAACUGAGGUGAAGAUACUGGUACAAGCCUUGGUAAUCACUGUUUAUUGCACAGUACUUAAUUUCCUUUGGCACAACCCUCAGGUGCUGCCUUCGAAUAUCUGGUCAUACAUGGCUUUAAAUAUGAUGUGGAUCUUUAAUAGUGGUGUUUAUCCUGUAAUUUACUUUAUCGUGAACAGGGGCUCGCUUGAAAAUUACAUUAUGAAAAAUGGGUUCUCUUGCAGAGCUAUAAGAGACAAGAUUACGUCACACAAUGUUCAUAUUGUACCCACUGUAAGCAUGUUCACAAGAGCGAUGCCGGCUAUUAACAGUAAGAAUUUUAUAGAAUGGACAAUGAAAGCUCGGAUAUUAUUGAAAUCACAUCAAGGGCAAACUCCAAGUUUCUUCGAGCACAUUUACAUGGAGAUGUGA